AUGCGAUCUUCAUGGGCUGACUCAGUUGCGAACGCCGAGGAAUCGGCGCCCGCGACUGCUGCUGCUGCUGCUGCUGCUAACGGCUCUGUUGCAACUCAUGGCAACUUGCGCCCCACGCGCAGCUCCUACGUGCCUCCUCACCUCCGUGGCCGUCCAGCUGGUGCUAGCUUUGACAACCAAGCGGGCUUAGUAGCACCGGCACAAGGUGGACCACUGCCCUCGGCUGCUGCACAACCUUCUGGUCAGGGCGCUGCUGUUGGUGGCCCUCGCUGGGCUGGCAUUGUGAAUGGUGGUGGUGGUGGUGGCAGCGUUGGUGCUCCUCGCCAGGGUUAUGAUGGUGGUGGCGGGGGCGGAGGUCGCGGUGCUUGGAACUCCCGUCCUGGGGGUUGGGACCGCAGAGACCGUGAGCCCGAUCCUUUUGCCAAAGCUGAGGCUGAAGAAGUUGACUUCGAGGGCCAGGAGAAUACUGGCAUCAAUUUUGAUGCCUAUGAAGACAUCCCUGUUGAGACCAGUGGCCAUGAUGUGCCUGCACUAGUCAACACAUUUGCAGAGAUUGAUUUGGGUGACGCAUUGAAUGAGAAUAUCCGGAGGUGCAAGUAUGUGAAACCAACACCAGUGCAGCGUUAUGCCAUCCCAAUCUCCAUUGCUGGGCGGGAUCUCAUGGCUUGCGCACAGACUGGAUCUGGAAAAACUGCUGCAUUCUGUUUCCCAAUCAUCAGUGGCAUCUUAAAGUCACCAAGGCCACAACAGAGGUCACGGAGUACAAGGACUGCUUGUCCUCUGGCUCUGAUCUUAUCACCCACUCGUGAGCUUUCGGUCCAAAUCCAUGAAGAAGCAAGGAAGUUUGCAUACCAGACUGGUGUCAGAGUUGUGGUUGCAUAUGGUGGCGCACCAAUAACUAACCAGCUGAGGGAGUUAGAGAGAGGUGUGGAAAUCCUGGUGGCAACUCCUGGUCGCUUAAUGGAUCUGUUGGAGAGGGCUAGAGUCUCACUUCAAAUGAUAAGGUAUUUAGCUCUCGAUGAAGCUGAUCGGAUGCUUGAUAUGGGUUUCGAGCCACAGAUACGUAAAAUUGUUGAGGGCAUGGACAUGCCUCAACGUGGUGAGAGGCAGACAAUGUUGUUUAGUGCGACAUUCCCAAAAGAGAUACAGAGGAUGGCUGCGGAUUUCCUUGCUGAUUACAUCUUUCUUGCUGUUGGGAGAGUUGGUUCAAGCACCGAUUUGAUUGCUCAGAGGGUGGAGUUUGUCCUUGAUUCAGACAAACGAAGCUACCUCAUGGACCUUCUUCAUGCACAAAAGGCUAAUGGCACACAUGGAAAGCACGCUCUUACUUUGGUCUUUGUGGAGACAAAGAGGGGGGCUGAUGCUCUGGAGGACUGGCUUUUUAGAAAUGGAUUCCCUGCAACUAGCAUUCAUGGAGACAGGACACAACAGGAAAGGGAGCAUGCUCUUAGGUCCUUCAAGAGUGGAGCAACUCCCAUCCUUGUGGCGACUGAUGUUGCUGCUCGUGGUCUUGACAUACCACAUGUUGCCCAUGUGAUUAAUUUUGACCUCCCUAAUGAUAUAGAUGAUUAUGUUCAUCGGAUUGGAAGGACCGGACGUGCUGGGAAAUCUGGUCUGGCUACUGCAUUCUUCAACGAGAGCAACACUACGCUUGCAAGGCCGUUGAGUGAUCUCAUGAGAGAGGCCAACCAGGAGGUUCCUAAGUGGCUCGACGGGUACGCUGCCCGUUCAGGCUACGGAGGCGGAGGUGGUAGAAACCGCAGACAAGGUGGCGGUGCCAGAUUUGGUGGCCGUGAUUUCCGGCGAGAUAGGGGCAGUGCUGGGUAUGGUGGUGGUUCCUAUGGAGGUGGCGGCGGUGGCGGUGGAUAUGGGGGAUCAUCAGGAUACAGUGGUGGCUAUGGCGGCGGUGGCAGCGGCUAUGGUGGUGGUCAGAGUACGAGUUCUUGGGACUGA